CUUGUUUUUGUUUAUCUGAGCGAUAACGAAACACAGGUUUCGUGUUACCUGGCUCGCAGUGUUUAGUUCGGUCAACUUCUAUUUUCUAAGACAAGCGAAUAAGGAUUUUUACGAUACCUACCAAUUAUUCAGGUGCAUCAAUCGACACGCGUGAAAAUAAUCCAGUCUCUUGCAAAUAAUCUGAAUAAAAGCAAAAGUGCAGAAUUGUAACGGAGGCAUUAGAAUAAACAGACUACUACUUUCACAAUAUAUGCAAACUAGAGAGUCAAGAGCGUUCCGCAUAUUUUAAAUGGUAUUCAGUUGUGAUUUUCAUUGGACCGUAGAAGGUUGUCGUAUGGUAUGACGUUGAUCCAUCGUUUUGAUUGCGAGUACUCGACUCGUCCACUAAUUAACAGUGCGUGUGUUCGUGUGUUCUUCCUUAACUCAACUUUUAAUGAAGUUAAAAUUUGACUUAUCAGUUUAACUUAUAGAAACAUUGUCAUUCUCCGAAGAUUUCGUUCGUCAAUAAUGUGAGUGUUGUGAAUAGAUCAACUAAGGAUAAAAAAAUAAGAAACGUUUUGAUCGAAGUGAAAUUCAAAUUAGGAAACGAAAAUGAGGGAGAAGUGGAAUAAAGAGGAAAAUAGAGAGACAAGGGAUGAUGAUCCGAUACCACAAAGUAUUCGUUUGAAUACCUACGACCUUCCACCCUUAUAUAAAAGCAAAGUAGUACGGACACCUUCCCUCAGAGCCAUGAACAACUACAAUAAUCUCUCCGUCGAAUCUUAUGACGAUAGUUUCGAUAACCUAACUUUCCUUCCUGAAAACAGCAAUGGCGAUGUGCCCAAAUAUGACGUACCAUACACGAUAUCCAAUCGAAGUGUCUACAGCAACACAUCUAUAUUGAAUAAGUAUGGAUAUGCUGUGGAAAGUCCUUUCACAUCACAAAUUACAGCUUCCUCUUCAGAAAUGGGGUCGUUGAGAGACAUGGGAUCCACAACAAAACUGGUUACUCCAAAGUUAGAAAGAUCCUGCAACACAUGGCUGGUACGACUCAAAACUAUAAUUUGCACGGUUUCCCUAUCGGCUGGAUUGGGAAAUUUGUACAGACUACCACAAUCGACAAUUUUAAAUGGUGGAAUGCCAUUCAUUGUUGCAUACCUUAUCUUGACUGUCCUGAUAGGAAUGCCGUUACUAUUCCUAGAACUAGGAAUAGGACAAAUGGCAGAAGAAGGAUUCAUAAAAAGUUGGAGAGUUGUGCCAUUCUUCAAAGGAGUUGGCUAUGUGAAGUUACUAGCGGGAUAUCUUCUGGUUAUCUAUUACCCUUUGCUUAUUGGUAUUUCACUAUUUUACAUAGUAUGGAUGUUAAAAGGACCCUUGCCGUUUCCCGAAUGUGCUGUUGUCAAAAUAACUAAUGAUGGAUAUUCAGCUAAGAGUAUUGAUAGACAAGAAUGCCUCAAGAAUACAUUUUUGGAAUCUGCAUUCAAAAAUCCAUAUUGGUAUGGUAUAUUUAUAACUCUUUUACUUGUUAUCUGGACUACAACUAUAGUUCUGUCUAUAAGAAGAACUAAAACCUUCAUGAUAUCUUUGCUAGUCCUGAUAUUUCCAACUUUGAUUUGUUUCAUUGCAUUGGUAGUGAAAGCCUUCUUAGCUGAAGAACAGCUUGAUAGUAUAGGCAGACUCAUAACUAAUAUCAAGUGGGAUGACCUCUAUUCGGCUAAUAUUUGGUACUACGCAACAAUACAAGUUUUUUUUUCAACCAACCUAGGCUUUGGAACAUUCAUUACAAAUGCCAGUAUCAUGUAUAAUAAGGUGAAUCCCUUAUGGAUAGCUAUUGGAUACCUCGCUUCAAAUCUUCUUUUGGGCAUUGGAUCUAUCUUAUUAUGCUAUACAAUAUCUGGGAACUUCAACAUUGCUCAAAAAAAAGAGAAUGACAUAAUUGAAGUUCAUCUACUUACCCUCAUUUAUGAUAUGGCUGUAUCUAGUUCUGACGUGAACGCUAAAGCAUGGGCGUUGGUGGCAUACUCUUUGAUCUUUUUUGUUGGUUUGAUAAGUAUGGCUACCAUGAUGUACACAUUGUUGAAGGUGACAACAGCACAGAACAAAAAGAAACUGAAAUGGUGGAAAACUUGUCUUAUUUCAUGUUUCAUUUGUUUCGUAGCGGGAUGUGGUGUUUUAUUGAAGAACAACUUCCAGAUCGUACGCUUAUUGGAUGGCUACAUUGUUGGAAAUUUGAUAUUUAUAGCAGUUAUUGUCGAAGUAUUUGCUCUCAUUACUUUUUACGGAAUUGAAAAAAUUCAAUGUGAUUUUGAGUUUAUGCUCGGCCAAGUACUCUCUAAGUUUUGGCUCGUAUUAUGGUGGAUCAUACCUCUUCUGCUGACAGGAAUAUUCUGCUGGGGGUUAGCAACGCUGCCAUUCGGAAAUGAUCCAGAGUGGCUCAGUGGUACCGGAUGGGGUGUAGUUUUAGUUGCGAUAAGUUGUAUAUUUUUCAUCGGAAUACAUACAAUCACACAACAGGAUGGAUAUGGUUUCAUAGAUAAGGUGAAAAUUUCUUUUCAACCAUCCAAAAACUGGGGUCCGAGAGAUCCAAUGCAACGUUAUACCUGGGUUCAGUGGUGUUCCAAGAUCCAACAAGGAGAACGGGACUUCACCCUGAAGAGAAGAGGCACAAAAGAUUAUACUAAAGGUAUCAAGAAAGAAGCAAAAAAGAUGGCAACUCAAGCUUUUAAUAUCGCACCACAAAAUCCAACUUUUGUGAGUUACCAAGAAACUAAAAAUGAAAAUAAGAAAAUUGUUUCCAAUAUUCAUGUACUGCCACCUAAUAAUUAUGAGAUUUCGUACAAAAUAAACGGUUCUUCGGAAUUCAAUGGAACUAGUCCAAAAACCAGUACAAUUAAAAAAGAAAAUAUCAAUGGAAACACAUUUAAAUUCAACAAAAAUAAGAACCCUUUGGCCAAUAACUCUGCGGCCGAAUGUGAUGACGAUUAUGGGACCUUCAGGAAAGCUCCUUAUGUGAUUAGUGAAAAUAGUAUAGCACAUGUGUGUCACAAAAAAUAUAGUCAUACAGAAGCUGCCACUGAACUCUGAUCAUUUGUAAAUAUUUUUUUUAGUGUCUAUUUAUUAUAUUAUAUUUUAAGUUACUGUCGCCAAAUGAACAUACCAAAUAAUAUAUUCUAUAAAAUUGUGGUAA